UCCCUCGUGCCAUCCCUGUGUGUUUGUUUAGUGCGCCAUAGGAGAAGACUCUAGAGAAGGAGCAGAGAGAGGGAGUGCGUUAUUGUCUCUCCGACUUCUCUCUCUAUAUACACAUUCGUGCGCAUUUGCUUAUAUAUAUAUAUAUAGAUAGAGAGAGAGAGAGAGAGUUGAGAAAGUCACACCGAGAGAGAGUAUGGGUAGGCCAAGGUGCUUCGUAGACAUCGCCAUUGGAGGCGAGCUUGAAGGUAGAAUAGUGGUGGAGCUUUACAACGACGUCGUUCCAAAGACCGCCGAGAAUUUCAGAGCCCUUUGCACCGGCGAGAAGGGCAUUGGCCCCAAUACGGGCGUCCCUCUCCACUACAAGGGGAACCGAUUCCAUCGUGUUAUCAAGGGAUUUAUGGUUCAAGGUGGAGAUAUAUCGGCACAGGAUGGUACCGGAGGCGAAUCUAUCUACGGGUUGAAGUUCGAAGACGAGAACUUUGAACUGAAACAUGAGAGGAAGGGGAUGCUCUCUAUGGCCAAUGCUGGCCCCAACACGAACGGGUCUCAGUUUUUCAUUACAACGACUCGUACUUCUCAUCUAGAUGGGAAACAUGUUGUGUUUGGAAGGGUAAUCAAAGGAAUGGGAGUUGUUCGUGCAAUGGAACAUGUUAUUACCGAUGAGAGGGACUGCCCGGCUCAGGAUGUCGUAAUCCAAGACUGUGGGGAAAUUCCCGAGGGCGCGGAUGAUGGGAUAUCAAACUUUUUCAACGACAGUGACAUGUACCCUGAUUGGCCUGCCGAUCUCCACGAAUGUCCGGCAGAGUUAUCAUGGUGGAUGGAGGCUGUAGAUUCUGUCAAGGCACGAGGAAAUGAACAUUUCAAGAAACAAGACUAUAAGAUGGCUCUUAGAAAGUACCGCAAGGCUUUGCGGUAUCUGGAUAUUUGCUGGGAGAAAGAUGGGAUCGAUGAAGAGACAAGUACUGCGUUGCGGAAGACAAAGUCGCAGAUCUUCACGAAUAGCGCUGCAUGUAAGAUCAAACUUGGUGACCCGAAAGGGGCAUUAUUGGACACGGACUUUGCAAUGCGGGAUGGAGAUAACAACGUCAAAGCCUUGUUUCGUCAAGGACAGGCAUAUACUGCUCUCCAUGAAGUCGAUGCUGCGGCCGAGAGCUUCAAGAAAGCUCUUCAGUUGGAGCCAAACGACGCUGGAAUAAAGAAAGAGUAUGCUGCUGCUAUGAAGAAGAUUGCUGAUAGACACAACGAGGAGAAAAGGCGGUACCGCAAAAUGUUCCAAUAAAACACCAAGACUGGCUGAGAAUACACUCUAACAAAGAUGAUGAGAAGCUUAGAAGGAAAAGUUCAACCUUCAAGAACCAUAACCAUUUUUCGUGUUUCGUUUUCUGAUUACAUGUUUCUCCCGCUGGAACUGAAAAACGAUACACACAAAGUUAUAGACCGAAAUGUCGGUUACCUAAGGCGAGCUGGUUGAAUCCUUC